GGUAGUACUGGCGCCGGUGGCCGCUAGGAACGCGCGUGCUUUAUCGCUGCGCGCUCUACACAGCACAACUUGACGCGUGUUUUUACUUGGCGUAAAAGGAAGCUCCGUUUGAAUAAACGGGCGAAUAAAGGAAAGAAGCGAAUCCUUUGGAAUUGGUAUAACAACGAAAAAUUUGGUGCAGCACCAUUGAGAUACGUCACAACGAGAGUGAAACGCAACUGCGAAGCGUGCGGAAUCGCGCUCGUCGUAAGACACUAUUUUCUGGAUGAAAAAUAGCGCGUUCGGCUCGCGAAUCUUUUGUAAUUAGAGAGGAAUCGGUGAAACAAGUGGGCGGUUAACGGAGGGGAUGGGCGGAGGUUACGAGACGAACGUCGAUACGCAUCGUGACGUUUCGUUCACGAUUUACUUUCGAUACCGAAUAACCUCGUACCACGUGUGUUUAUUUUUUGUCUCACGUGACUAAAUAUGCGCUUUGCUGUUUCACCUUCUCAUCAGCUGUUUGAUCAAAUUUACACGAUGUUUCUCGAUCCUCGUUAGAAAAACAGCAACCUGUGGCUCCCGUUCGACGAAGACGGAAAGAGAGAGAGAGAGAGGGAGAAAACUGCUUAACUGCUCUCGCAAACGUAAACAAGAUCGUAAAAUUGAAUAAAAAAAUCGGCUGUCGGAUCUCCGUAUAUAAAAUAGGGACGGAAGCGUUACAAAUACCCACGAGAUUAAUAAUAAAAUCUGGGUGAAUGGACGGGGCCGAGUGCGGUAUAAUAAACGACGCGUGCGUUUCUAUGCGCGUCUGUUUCGACAGUUUGUGCUUCUCGUCGACGCAGCACAGGCUCGCCGACGAGGAGGACGCUAAUCAGUUGGGAAACAACAACUCGUCGAGUCUUACCGGCAGCGUGACAACGACUAUGACGACGAAUACAAGCCCGACGAUGCUCGAGGCAGGAACAAUAAUAACGAGCGCAACGGUGACGACAACCGGAAGUGCGGUUGGAACUCUACCGGCGAUGGCGCUACCGUCGGCCCACACCAACCCCAUCAACAACAAUAACAACAACAACAACAACAACAACAACAACAACAGUAGCCACAACAAUAACAAUGGAAACGCCGUAUUGAGUGGGAGCAACGCGGCUUACCCCGGAACUACGAACGUUCAUCAACCGUCAGCAUCGAAUCGUUCGAUCGAUGUUUCGAGGGACUUUCACGAAUUGUUACGUAUCAAGGACGAAAGAAUCGCCGAACUUGAAAAUAUCCUCGCGCGUCGUGACGCACAAAUACAAGAGUUGCGAAGUCAUCUUGACAAAUUUUUAAGCGUCUUACCCUUCAAAUCACCUCUCACACCGACCAAACCAAGACCUCGAAAACAAAGGGCGCAAGGUAUCUCCGCUGAACCGCCUCUUCAACAACUCGCACCGCUCGUCUUCUAUGACAAGAAUGACAGAUCUCGGGAGCUCAUCAAGGCUGCGAUACUGGACAAUGACUUCAUGAAGAACCUCGAGCUGACGCAGAUAUGUGAGAUCGUCGACUGUAUGUAUCCAGUUACCUUUCCAGCUGGUUCGAUCAUUAUCAGGGAGGGGGAUGUCGGCUCGAUCGUAUUUGUUAUGGAAGAAGGCAAAGUGGAAGUUUCGAGAGAUGGAAAAUACCUGAGUACAUUGGCACCGGGUAAAGUACUCGGUGAGCUUGCCAUUUUGUACAACUGCAAAAGAACAGCGACGAUAACUGCAGCAACCGAUUGUCAAUUGUGGGCGAUCGAUCGACAAUGUUUCCAAACUAUUAUGAUGCGAACCGGUCUGUCGCGACAGGCCGAAUACACCGACUUUCUCAAGAGCGUUCCAAUAUUCAAGAAUCUUCCGGGGGAAACGCUCAUCAAAAUUUCCGACGUUCUUGAAGAGACUUUCUACAACAAUGGCGAUUACAUAGUAAGACAGGGGGCUCGCGGCGAUACUUUCUUCAUAAUAAGCCGGGGUCAAGUUCGCGUUACGAUCAAACAGGCUGAAAGCACUGACGAAAAGUUCAUAAGAACACUCGGAAAGGGGGACUUUUUUGGAGAAAAAGCCCUUCAAGGCGAUGAUCUUAGAACGGCAAAUAUCGUAGCUGAUGAUCCCGAAGGAGUCACUUGUCUCGUAAUCGAUCGAGAAACAUUCAACCAAUUGAUCUCUUCCCUGGACGAGAUUCGCACGAGAUACAAGGAUGAGCUCGUUGAACGUAGAAGGCUCAACGAGGAAUUCCGGGAGCUCAGACUGCAGGAUCUUCGACCUUUGGCGACUCUGGGCGUCGGUGGUUUCGGUCGGGUCGAACUCGUCCAAAUAAACGGCGACGGGAGUCGCUCGUUCGCUCUUAAACAAAUGAAAAAGGCCCAAAUCGUCGAGACCAGACAGCAACAACAUAUUAUGUCGGAAAAGAGAAUCAUGGGCGAGGCAGAUUGUGAUUUCGUAGUAAAGUUAUUCAAGACAUUCAAAGAUCGUAAAUAUCUUUAUAUGCUCAUGGAGGCUUGCCUCGGCGGUGAACUGUGGACGGUAUUACGCGACAAAGGACAUUUCGACGAUAGUACCACCAGAUUUUACACGGCCUGCGUUGUCGAGGCUUUCGAUUAUUUACACUCCAGGAAUAUCAUUUACAGAGAUCUUAAACCAGAAAAUCUUUUGCUCGAUGGCCAAGGAUACGUGAAGCUCGUCGACUUUGGAUUCGCGAAACGUCUUGAUCACGGAAGAAAAACGUGGACGUUCUGCGGUACGCCUGAGUAUGUAGCACCGGAAGUCAUUCUUAAUCGCGGUCACGACAUAAGCGCAGAUUAUUGGUCACUCGGUGUUCUCAUGUUCGAACUGUUGACCGGUACACCACCGUUCACUGGCUCUGAUCCUAUGAAGACUUACAAUAUUAUUCUCAAGGGCAUCGAUGCCAUCGAAUUUCCACGAUCGAUAACUAGAAACGCGACUGCGCUAAUUAAAAAACUUUGCAGGGAUAAUCCAGCAGAGCGACUUGGAUAUCAGAAAGGUGGAAUUAGUGAAAUACAAAAACACAAAUGGUUCGACGGUUUCAAUUGGGAAGGUCUCCGAGCCAGAACCUUAGAGCCGCCGAUAAUGCCGCGAGUUCAGAGUGCCACAGACACAGCGAACUUUGACGAAUAUCCACCAGAUUCUGAUCCACCGCCACCGGAUGACGUUUCUGGUUGGGACAAUGACUUUUAGAAUUUUAUUGAUAUGAGAACGAAAUUGGAGAGGUGAAUCGUAUGUAUCGUAUGAUAAAAAUGUCUUCCAUCAAUUCUGCAAUUGCUAUAACGAAAGUAAACAAAAAAAAAAUGCGAGUAUAAAUGAAAGUAUAAUAAAGAUAGAAGAAAAAUUACGAACGAAGGCGGCUCUCGUGCAGGACAUCGAGAAAAAUUCGCCAAUCAACGACAUUUUUCACGAAUAUCAAUUUCAUUUUUACCACUCGUGAGAAAAAGAAAGCAGGUAAAACUGUAAAAUUUUAUAAAUCGAGCGAAUAAUCGUCGGUUCGUUUCGGGAAUUGAGAAAUAAAGAAGAAAACAAUGAUUUUUAUACACAUGCGUACAAAAAAGUGGAGGAUUUUAAAACAAAUUUGGGGACUGUGAUGGAAUAAUUAGUGUUUGAAUGAAUCAUUGCGAAGAGUGUUGAAUAGAGGCGGUAUUAUUGUUGUAGUAUAUAUUCUAAUGACGAAUGAGAAAGAAAGAAAGAAGGAAGAAGAUAAAAAAUAAAAUCAAAUGUCAACGCAAUUUUCCCACUAAAUGAAAUAGGGCGAAAAAGUAAGUGUGCCAGUGCGCCAAGUGCCAUUAUUUAUGACGUUUUCUCCAUCACCUCGAAUUUUAAACGUGCUUUGAUUUAUCACAAAAGCGUAGAUGAAUCUUCAGCAUUUGCCAUGAAAACAAAUCAUAAAAAAAAACGUAGAACAGAAACAGAUAAAUAAAAGCUCUAAUACUUCAUAAAAUGACGUAUUUUUUCUUGCCAUUGGCGAUGUGCUCUCGUUAACGAAGAUAAAUGAAAAAGUAAACAUGGAGAAUCACACGAGCUCUGGAGAAAAUGAAACGAAAUGAGGAAAAAAAGGAAUUUUUCGGUGAAGAGAGCCAACGUAUCUCAAUUUAUUUGUUGUUUAUUCAUUUCUUAUAGUUUAUUACGAAUUAUCCAAUGUGUAUAAUAAUCUAUGUAGAUCGAAAAGCAAAACGAACGUGUAAAUAAAUGAAAAAAAAAUCACAAAUAUCUACAAACGAAUAAUCGGAGGACAAUAAAGUUCGAUGAAUAUUAAAAA